CCUGCUAUCCUGUGGGCUGCGUGUCUUGUUGCUGCCACUGAGGCAACACACUGUUCUAAUCACAGUCUGUCCAUUAUUGAAGACCUUGCAGCUAAUCUUGUGUGUAAAGAUGAAACCAAACUGAUUGGUGAACCAGUUCUUUCUAUUCAGGAUGCCCUCCAUGCUCUCUUCAGUGAAUACUAUACUGUGGAAAACACCAGCAACUUGGCUCUGUUUGACUUUCUGACUGCUGUGGAGGAAAAUGCACCAAAUAACAUGUGGAUUGCUGUAUUUGGCCACAUUUUGUCUGGGAAGUUUGACCCUGUGGUGUUACGUUACAUUGUUUUGAUGGCUGAGCUGGUGAAUUGUGUCUCCUGGCAACUGGCUGUAGAUUUCCAGAUGUUCAUCUCCAUCGUUUACUCUCUACAGGAAGAUGAAGUGGAGACUAUGAUGAUGGGAUAUUUGGGCCUCAAUGAGAGAUGCAUUUCAAAAACACUGGUGAUGGAAUAUAUUCUGUAUCUCAUCUUAACAGGUGCUGAACCACUGUUUAAGAAGUGUGAAGCCAAUCUUCUGCAGCUUUCUGGAACUGAGCCUGGUUAUCUAUCAAGUGCAGAAUUUGAACUGGCUAUUGAGACAAUAGCACCAGUCUGCAAUACAAAAGUAAGCCAUGUCUUGGUUGAACAAUCCAUUGCCACCAAGCAAAGUGUUUCCAUCUCUCUGUCAAGUGCUGCGCAGAUUACUUCAUAUCUGAUUCUGCUACAGCAACUAAAACUGCAUCUAGAACAUCUCCAUGCUCAACCAGCAUCUGCCGAAUUGCUCAGGUUUGAGAAGGGAAACAAUGGCUUCCUUGAGCAGAAGGUUUCACGGGCUUUUGUUCAGCAGAAGAUGCAGGGAGAAGAUGUCAGUCUGCAGGACGGAGUGGACUUGGACUGGGGUCGGGAGUUGACCACCAGAGGGACAUCGAUGGAGAACGAACAGACAGGAAAACAGCCGUAUCAGCAAUUGCAGCUGCAGAAGUGGUUUUGCUAG